UUUAGAGUCACUUUGGGUACAAUGAUUACAGAUCUGGAGUGACAGACAGGCAUGUUGUUCAUCUUUUACAGCCACAUCUAUAAGAAGAAUCAUGACAUGACCAAAACUCGGAAAGGAAAAACAGAUCAGCUUCUGAGAGUCGAUGACCAUGAUUUCACCAUGAGGCCAGCUUUUGGAGGUCCUGCCAUUCCUGUUGGGGUGGAUGUACAGGUUGAAAGCUUGGACAGUAUUUCUGAGGUCGAUAUGGACUUUACUAUGACACUGUACUUAAGGCACUACUGGAAGGAUGAACGCCUCUCAUUUCCUAGCAUCACUAACAAGAGCAUGACCUUUGAUGGCAGGCUGGUGAAGAAGAUUUGGGUUCCAGAUGUCUUCUUUGUGCACUCCAAAAGAUCAUUCAUUCAUGACACAACCACUGACAACAUCAUGUUGCGAGUGUUCCCAGAUGGUCAUGUGCUAUAUAGUAUGAGGAUCACAGUGACCGCAAUGUGCAACAUGGACUUCAGUCGAUUUCCCCUGGACUCACAGACUUGUUCUCUGGAGCUGGAAAGCUAUGCUUAUACUGAUGAAGAUCUGAUGCUUUACUGGAAAAAUGGGAAUGAAUCCCUGAAAACCGAUGAAAAGAUUUCCUUGUCUCAGUUUUUGAUACAAAAGUUUCAUACUACUUCCAGACUCGCUUUCUACAGUAGCACUGGAUGGUACAAUAGACUGUACAUAAAUUUCACUUUACACCGCCACAUCUUCUUCUUCUUGCUCCAAACCUAUUUCCCUGCCACUCUAAUGGUCAUGCUAUCGUGGGUGUCCUUCUGGAUUGAUCGCAGAGCUGUACCUGCUAGAGUGUCAUUAGGGAUAACUACGGUACUGACCAUGUCAACAAUCAUCACUGGUGUAAACGCCUCCAUGCCUCGAGUUUCCUACAUCAAAGCUGUGGACAUUUAUCUCUGGGUCAGUUUUGUGUUCGUCUUUCUCUCAGUGUUGGAAUACGCAGCAGUGAAUUACCUGACAACGGUGCAAGAACGGAAGGAAAGGAAGUUGCGAGAGAAGUUUCCAUGUACAUGUGGAAUACCUAAUACAAAAACCAUGAUGCUGGAUGGAACCUACAGUGAAUCUGAUGCCAACAGCCUGGCAGGAUACACAAGAAGCCAGAUAAUGAUUGAGGAAGAAAAACAAGACAAGAUGGUGGUUCAUUUGGCCAUGAGCAAUGAAUCUAAUUCAUCGAGAAAGAGAGGGCUGAAAGGCCAUGUUGGCUUGCGCAUCAUCCAGAACACUCAUGCGAUUGAUAAAUACUCAAGAAUAAUAUUCCCAGGCACCUAUAUAUUUUUUAACUUGAUAUACUGGUCUGUCUUUUGCUAGAAAUACUGAGGCAGAAGCCCU